CAAGAAGCUGCUGGGUCUUUUUCUGGUUGGCUGCCGCCCGAUUGUCGUCCCUGGCCGGGCAUUGUUCUGUCUCUGUCUGUUCGCGCGAGCCCGCCCCGAGUCAGGCCUGCUGUCGUUGUUCCUGAGACUUGCCAAGCGGAGCCAUCCCUGCUGCCCGUGUCCCUUUACUACCAGAGCUUCACAAGUUCGCGCGCGUCACACAAGAUAUUAUUCCUCGCCUGCCUCCCCUUGCUCUUCACCGGCCACGACCUUCACCAUCCAUCCAUCGUGGCGUGGCCGGCCCAGCUCCUCUGCCCUGCAACUGCUCUUGCCGCUUCCACCAGAGCUCUCCUUUCAUCCAUGACCGCCUCACCCCACCUGUGCCUUCCGCCCCAAAUACACCGACUUCUCCUGUCCCCCAAACAUCCUUGCUGCUCCCACCACCAUGGCUACCCGACGACACCGGGCCAACUCGCCUGAAUUCCCCAUUCUAGACGCAAAUGCCCUGUAUGCCAGCAGCAUCCGUGGCGAUGGCAACUGCCUGUUCAACGCCCUGUCGGACCAGCUCUACGGCCACCAAGAUAUGCACGAGGUCCUGCGCGCCACCACCAUAGAGCACAUGAGGGACUGUGCAGACUUUUAUCGCCAGUACAUGGCCGUCAAUAAUGUGCGGAGGAAUCCCAAACGCAAGACGGCUGCUGCUGCCAAUGCCGCCACUAAGCGUCUCGACACCACCUACUACACUGAAGAGCAGCUGCAGCUGCAGUUUGAGCACCAUGUAGAGAAGAUGGGUCAGCCUGGCGAGUGGGCUGACAACAUGGAGGUCUCGGCCUUUGCCUCUGCUCUUAAUGUCAAUGUCCGCCUGUGGCAGGCUGACUACACCUACCUCUUCUCUCCACGCACCACCUCUGCAUCCAAUGCUGAUCCCGCUGCCAACGACAAACGCCAGACUCUCCACAUUGCCUACCACACUUGGGAGCACUAUUCCUCUGUCCGUAAUAUCGCCGGUCCCCAUACUGGCAUCCCAAAUGUCAACGUAGUGCCAAAGACCAUGUCCAAAAAGCGUCCGAGUCCCAGUGUCGAUGGUGACGAUGACGACCAAUGCCAGCGCUCACGAAAGCGUCGCUCCCCCUUACCUCUGUUCGACUCUGAUUCAACGCCAGAAGGCACCGACAGCUCGUCGGAUGAAUCACAUGGAUUUGUAGCCUCCCAACAGUCGACUUUGCAGACCCCUCCACCCGAGCCACCAAGGCCAGUGAAGCUCACCAUCAAACUUCGUGGACUCCGUACCUGCGAUGCCUCCUCGACGGACUCAUCUCGGGAACCAACCCCUGCCCCCAAAACGACACUACACACAGACCCCAUGACCGUGCCCGCAGAAGCAUCACCACUCAAGACUCCUGCAGUGUCCAAGCCCCUCACCCCCUGUUAUGACUUUAUCGUGUGAAGAGAGAGAGAGAAAGAGGUGGUUGACUUAUGACUGGCUGAUGAUGACGACGAGACAAUGAUACCCUGAAAGCAUACGGUGGGCGCGUUAUUCUUUUCUGAUUUGCAUUUUUUCCCUUCUCUUCUUGUUCUUCUUCGCCUCCUUCCUUGGAUCUCGCGUUCUUUGUAUAGCAUACGAGCAUCGGUAUGGCUGUCUGUGUUAUCCAUUGUUGCAUAUGCCGGCAUGACGGACUGACGGGGUGCCAAAGUGCUUGGGCCUGCAGUCACUUCACCGGCUUUGGCGUUUGAAAGGAAAUGUUUUUUUAACUUUCUCUCUCUUUUUGACUGAACGACAUGAAUGAAUGAUGUAUAGAGUAUGCAUCUCUUAGACUAAUGAGAGACGGCUU